AUGUUCCCAGGGCGGGAGGGCCGGAGCAGGCGCUCUGAGGCCCCGCUGCUCCUCUCGCUACUGCUGCUGCUGCUGCAGCCAUGCGCCGCCGACUACUGCAGCUGGAAGGGCAGUGGCUUGAGCUGGGAUCCCCACCCCCGUGCAGUGGAGCAGGUCCACCUGCGCUGCACCGAAGGCUUCCUGGAAUGGAUGUACCCGGCGCGAGCCCUCCGCGUCGUCUUGGAGCCCAACCUCUCAAGCGUGCGGCACUCCACCGUCUGCAUCAAGCCGUCCAGCAACUUUCAGGGUGCCAGCAUUUAUGUGGAACGUGAUGGGCAGCUGCACCUGCUGGUGAGCGAGGCGGAGGAACGCCGCCUGCACCACGUCUCCUGCUUCAGCACCCCCACCCCGCAGCGGGUGGCCCUCUUCUUACAGGCCAGUCCUCAGAGGGACAUCAGUCGCAAGACAGCCAGUUUCCAGUAUGAGCUGCUGAACAACCAGAGUGCCACAGGCCCAGACUUCCAGAAAAUAGCUCUUGUCGAAGCCAUGUGCCGCCCUUGUGACCAUAUGGAGCUUCUCAUGGCAAUUUGCAGCAGUGAUUUCGUGGUGAGAGGAUCGAUCCAAAAUGUCACCCAUGAUGCAGAGAACCACAUGUCACAGGUUGACGUUGGCGUGCAGCGAGUCUACAGGCAGAAAAACCGGGUCUUUCAGCAAGACGAAGCAACGGGGGAGUGGCAAGGGCCCAUCAAAACCUUGCUGCAGUGUAAGGUGAAGAAAGGGCCAGGGGACUUCCUCUUUACGGGCAGUGAGCACUUCGGUGAAGCCUGGUUGGGUUGUGCCCCGAGAUUUAAAGACUUCAGCGCUGUCUAUCAAGCGGCGAGAGAGAGAGGGGCAAAUCCCUGUGAGUUUCAAUUUGAAUGAUGUGUCACCACUAUUCUGCCAGGAUCAAAAGAACCAAUUUCAGGCUGGUUUUAUGUAUAGGAUUUACAUGCAGAAGAAUGGCACUGAUCUUGUCACAGUUGGAGAGGGUGGAAUAUUAAAAGUAUGCACAGUGAUUUGUUCGUUUUAGGGAAGAGAGUCGGUGUGCUCUGAUGAAUAGAGGCAGUUUGCACCAGGAAGUGUAAAUGCCACAUCUUACCUUUCAUGGACUCAGUUAUGAGCUCUUGGGCAGAUUAAGUUCUUGACACCUCAAGUCCCCAUCUCUGAAAUGGGAAAGGUGGUGACCUACCUCACAGGGUUGUUGUGAGGACAAAUUAUGAAGUUAAGCACUUUGCAAAUAAAAAGGUGAGUGCUAAUUGCAAUGCCUGUAAAAGUGGAAGCAUGUGUUUUGAAUUUUAAGGUAAAAAUUGCCUGUUUUCAUACAAUAAAAUCCUAUUUUAAUGUUGUCAGGAGGUCUCGCUGUGUACAAAA